CAAGCAGUCAGUUUCACAAUAACAGCAUAUUUCAUCGCAAAACACUCUUAGUCUAGAACUUCGAGUGAUUUGCGUGCCGUUACUUCAUAGACCUGACUAAACAUAUAAACUCGGUAUAUACCGAGGUCACAAACGAGGCUCAUACACCCCGUUUAUUCGCUUCAGAUACGGCCUGGGCCCUUCAAAUUCAUAGUAAUGUCGAGGAAACUCACAUUGUGCCUGAACAGUUGUUAAACACAAGCACCAUGCCCGAGCAUAACGUAGUUACGAAAGGUAGCUCUUUCAAAAGAUUUUCAUUCGACCACGUACCCAUCAACAAUACUGCGAGUUCACUAGCUUUCGGAAACAUCCCGUUGUCAAUGUUGUUUGAAAUAGAUCCACAACUGUAUACACACGCAGGCGAUAUUUCAACGAAUACAAGCACAGUGCAUUCGCCUGCACUGAAAGACAAUGCUGCUGAUAUUUUGUCACCAUCAUGGAAUCAAAUAGAUGAGUGGUACAAUCACACACUACAGGAUCAAGGCAUUGGUCAGUCAUACAACAUGCCGCAAUCAUUGUCUACGGAAACUGCCGCUAUGAUGAGUAAUCUAAGUGUGGUUCCACAGACUGAUUUGUUUUUGAGCAGAGAAUACCAACAAAUGCAGACAAAUGCAGUUUCAGCACACUCUACAAAUUUGUUGAAACUACAUCAAUAUAAUCAGCAACACAAAUUUGGGGAGCAAAGCUCCAUAAGACAAUCUCAAGGCUCAUAUAUACCUAAAUCGCACGAAUACUAUAAAAAAAUGACUGGAAUGCAGCAGGCAGACAGGGAACACUGGCCAACUCAACUGAAAUCAUCCCUGAUACAGCUAGAUCAUACAAUGGCAGAUAGACAGCUCUCUUUACAGCCUUUAGACCAAGUAAAAUCCGAGAGUUUUGCUAACAUAAGUAUGCUGAAUACCGCGAUGGGUACGAGAUGUGCACCAGCUGUUGAGCAGCAGCACACCGAUAAAGGCUCGGGAAGGUAUAGUUUGCAAGAGCAGAACAUAUUCGCUAUGCGCAGUACCGGGGAAGCAGUAGCCGGUUUGGUAAACACGACGGAACGGAAAUGGACGAAGAGUGGACGUGUAGUGGAAAAGAAGCCGGAUACAAUCUGCGCACAUUGCGGUAUCAACAAAACAACACUGUGGCGGUGCUUGGGACCCGACGAGAUAGUUUGCAAUGCUUGCGGAUUAUAUAAAAAGAAGCAUGGGGUAAAACGGCCGAACCAAUUUGUAGAAAGGUACGGAGGGGUCAUCCGCCGCCGGAGACGGAACCAAAACGACAAAAACGAUGUCAACAAGCAGAAGAAAGCAUUCGUACAACAUCAACCAAAGCAAGUUGAAGGAUAACAGCUAAUUAAUUCAACGCUCUCAGCCUGUGAAUGCUGUCAAAGCGGAAUCCGAACUAGCGGCGUCAACGAGGAUUCCGCGCGAUGAUUUGGCGAAUUUAGGAUGGAGUGAAUCAUUACGAUUAAUUGAGCAGGUAAGGGAUCGCUAACUUAAAUUAUGAAUAAAUAAACAGUAUUGCCGGU